AUGUGGGUGUGGGCCCCUGGCCGCCUCCCUCCAGCCCUGGACAGGAGGGCAGGGCUGCGGGUAGGCCAGGCCGAGCCCCUGGAACCAUCCCGUCCUGUAUCAUAUGUAAAUACUGUGAGACGCCGUUACUGUAAGCUUGCAGGCCUCAGCUGUGGCAGUGGCAGGCCAGCUCUCUCAGGCCCUCAGGGGGCCUGCUCACCCCGAAAACCCAGUGAAAGGGCCAACCUGGAUAGAUUUGUACCCUGGCUGUGUCUUCUUGCAGUGGGAGAGGCCCACAGCAUCAGCCCACGGGCCGUAUGGCAGUUCCGAAACAUGAUCAAGUGCACGAUCCCAAAGAGUGACCCCUUGAAGGAUUACAAUAACUACGGUUGCUACUGUGGCUUAGGUGGCUCGGGCACCCCUGUGGAUGAGUUGGACACGUGCUGCCAGACACAUGACCACUGCUAUGAUCAAGCCAAGAAGCUGAGCAGUUGUAAAUUCCUCCUGGACAACCCCUACACCAAGACCUACUCAUACUCGUGUUCUGGCUCUGAGAUCACCUGCAGCAGCAAGAACAAAGACUGCCAGGCCUUCAUUUGCAACUGUGACCGCAAUGCUGCCAUAUGCUUUUCAAAGGCUCCAUACAACAUAGAGAACAAGAACCUGGACACCAAGAAGUUUUGUCAGAACUAAGAAUCACCUCUCAAAAGUGUCAUCUCUUACCCACCUCCUUGCCUUCAUCUCCAAUAAAGCACCUUGUUGAAAGACUGCACCUUUGGAGAUUGUUUUAUUCUCUGAUUGCUGUCCAUAACUAAGUCUCCGCUUAGUCUUUGGUGAACAUUAUUCCUUUCAGCCUUGGAAGUAGAAGUUGAAUUAGCACCUUGAAACCUAAAUAGGGAUCAAUAACCACCAUCUAUUGAUUAUUUCCUCUGUGGCAGGACCGUGUGUCCCUAAAUCCUCUGUACAGUCCUUGUACUAGGACUAUUAGCAAAUCUUAUUUUUCUUUCUUUCUUUUUUGUUUUUUUGGCCAGGGCCGGGUUUGAACCCACCACCUCUGGCAUAUGAGGCCAGCGCCCUACUCCUUGAGACACAGGGGCCAGACAGCAAAUCUUAUUUUUCUAAGUUGAGGCUCAAUAAGAGAGGUUACUUGCCCACUGCUAUCUUCAGUAAGCAGCAGAGAAGGUGUUUGAACCCAGGGAGUCUGACACUAGAACACACAUGCUGAAUCACUACCCUGCUUUGCCUGAAGGGGGUGCUCUUAUUUAGUUUGAGCCAGAUUUCUGCCCCACCAAUGCUUGUGCCUCCAUUUUCUAUUGUGUGAAACCAAUUUUUUUUAGGACUAUUAAUAUUUUAUUCUCUAAGCCCUUUAAAAAGUUUAUCACACUCUAUGAGCUGAUUUUUACAUUGUAGUCAUCAAAUCUAAAAAUAACAGCUUCCAUUUUCUGAGUACUUACUAUGUACUACCCUGUGCUGAGACCUUUCCACAUCUCAUCUCAUUUAAUGUUCAAACCAAUUAGCUGGGCAUGAUGGCACAACCAGUUGUCAGUCACAGCUACUUGGGAGACUGAGGCAGGAGGAUCACUGAAGCCCAGGAAUUGGAGGCUACAGUGAGUUAUGAUUGUGCCACUGCACUCCAUCCUUAGGGACAGAGUCAGACCCUUUAUCUUAAAAAAAAAAAAAAAAAUAUAUAUAUAUAUAUAUAAUAAAUAUUCAAACUGGCUCUGUGAGAUUAGUAUUAUUGCCUUCCCUUCAUGGAUGAGGAACUACCCUGUUUCCCCAAAAAUAAGACAUCCUCCGAAAAUAAGACCUAUUCACAGGAAAGAUAAGACGUCCCCUGAAAAUAAGACCUAGCGCAUCUUUGGGAGCACACCUUAAUAUAAGACACUGUCUUAUUUUCGGGGAAACAGGGUACAAACCUCAGAGAAUCCUAUCUGUGUAUAGUUAAAAAUAAAUAAACAAAAUCUCAGAGAAUUUAAGUCAUUUGCCUGAGAUCACAUAAAUGACAAUCAGGAGUUGAUUACGUCUGUCUGAUGGCAAUGCCAGAGUUCUUAACCACUAAGUCACCCAGCCAAAGCUGUCUAUGAGUAUGUAUGACUACAUUGGCAUUGAAAUUCACCAUAGCAAACGGGGAGCAGCAGAGAAAGAAACUGAAUUAGAAAAGAAAAACCCAGGCAGUGCCUGUGGUUCAGUGAGUAGGGCGCCAGCCCGAUAUACCGAGGGAGGCGGGUUCAAACCCAGCCCCGGCCAAACUGCAACCAAAAAAUAGCCGGGCGUUGUGGCGGGCGCCUGUAGUCCCAGCUACUUGGGAAGCUGAGGCAAGAGAAUCACCUAAGCCCAAGAGCUGGAGGUUGCUAUGAGCUGUUAUGCCAUGGCACUCUACUAAGGGCAAUGAAGUGAGACUCUGUCUCUAAAAAAAAAAAAAGAAAGAAAGAAAAGAAUAACCCACAGGGACUAUAAGAAGCCACACUGAGCAGUGCCAGGCCACUGGAAGCUGACAGAACAGCUGCCACUUCUGGAUGUGUGGUGGGCAGCAAAGGAACUUCCCUUUGAAGAAGAGAGUGUGUGUGGACUUAUCCUUUGGCCUAAUUUUUCCUUCAUUUUAUUCAUCCAUUCAACAAUUAUUUACUGAACACCUACUUUGCACUAGCCACUUUAUAAAAUACUGAGGAUGAAUGCAUUUGGGGCUGGCCUCAAGACAAUGACAUAGUGUUAUUAGCUGUCUGCAAUUCAGUACGCUUUGAGACUUUUUCUUCCUGCUCUUCAAAAUGGCAUCUUUACAUAUGCUAUGCUCUAUAUACUCCAGAUGAUGCCAUGUACUUUGUGCAAUUAUCAUAUCAUCCUCAAAGUCUGUAUUUGUAGAUACUAUUACAGCCACAUUUUAGAGGUUAGAGAACUGGCUUAAAGACACAAAUGAUUUGCCAAAGAUCACUCAUUCCUGAGUGGCACAGAUGAGCUUAGAACCCAAACCUGGAUAAUUGAGAGAAGCUCCAUCAAGCAGUGAAACUCGCUGGAGGCAGAGUGAGGUGUCUUAGUCACUUUUGUAUAUCUAGUCCUGCCUAGUACUGUACUUGGCACCAUUGAGGACACUCAAUAAAUGAUUGCUAAAUGAAAAAUGAAGGGCCAGUCAUCAGUGCUCCCAGUCUUUUUGAUUAUUUGGAAGGCAUGAUUGGAACUAUUCUCAAAUUCAAAUUCACUAAUAUAGAUUGCAUUCUUUGCUUGCUGUGCUACAUGGAACUUCCAGGAGAUGUACAAUUAAGUUAGACCUGGCCUCAACCUGCAACAAACUGGAAAGGCCUUAAUAUGCCUACUAUCUUUCUUCAAUGGAAAGAAACAGCAAACUCCUGUUUUGAUGAAAGAAAGGUGAGAUUGGUGCUUGCAUUUCUUUUCCAGAUAACGAAACAACAAGAAGGAAAACAGAGUCACAGAUUAUAGGAAGGCUAAAAAAAAUCUUCUGGCUAGAAGCAUGGGAGCUCAUACCUGUAAUCCUGGCACUUUGGGAGGCCAAGGUGGGAGUAUUGCUUGAGGCCAGGAGUUUGAGACUAGCCUGAGCAAGUGCGAUAUUCCAUCUAUACAAAAAAUAGAAAAAUCAUGGCUCAGCACCUAUAGCUCAGUGGUUAGGGCACUGGCCACAAACACUGGAGGUGGUGAGUUCAAACACAGCCUGGGCCUGCUAAACAACAAUGACAACUACAACAAAAAAGUAGCUAGGCACUGUGGCGAGUUCCUGUAGUCCCAGCUACUUGGGAGGCUGAGGCAAGAGAAUCAUUUAACACGAAGGGUUUGAUGUUGCUGUGAGAUGUGCUGCCAGGGUGACAUAGUGAGACUCUGUCAAAAAAAAAAAAAAAAAGGCUCAGUGCCUGUAGCUCAAGCAGCUAAGGUGCCAGGCCACAUACACCAGAGCUGGUGGGUUUGAAUCCAGCCAAGGCCCGCCAAACAACAAUGACAACUACAACCAAAAAAUAGCUGUGUGUUGUGGCAGGUGCCUGUAGUCCCAGCUACUUGCGAGGCUGAGGCAAGAGAAUUGCUUAAGCCCAAGAGUCUGAGGUUGCUGUGAGCUGUAAUGUCAUGGCACUCUACCCAGGGCAACA